AUGAAAUUAUUCUUAACUGCAUUAACAAAAAUUCCAUGUCUACCGCCAUCAACUGUCUGGCGUGGUAUCACGAAAAAUAUUAGUGAAGAAUUUCAGCCGGGUACUGUUAUGACUUUAUGGCCAUUUUCAUCAUGUACUGUCACAUUACUUGUUCUUGAAAAUAACAUCUAUUUAGGUACUACUGGUAAUCGAACAUUAUUAUCUAUUGAAGUAAUUAAUGGUCGAAAUAUACGCGAUCAUUCACAUUUUCAGACUGAAGAUGAAACUCUACUUCUUCCUGGUACUCGGAUGAUCGUUCAAUCACAAUUCAGUCCAGCAUCUGGACUUCACGUCAUUCAUUUGAAACAAAUUAUACCCAAAGAAGUGUUACUAGAAUCACCAUUUGAAGGUGUACAACUUUUUCCAAAAAUCAAAGAUUCAUGGUAUCGAAAGAAAAGAUUUGCCAUCUCAUUCGGUACAUUAGUUACAUUACUCAUUGGAUCAAUAGUUAAAGGCUCGGCUUUGGGAUCAAAAUUUGGUAACAAAGACACGAACUCAACAGAACGACGGUGCAGUACUCCUUACAUUCGAGUAUCAGGUACUUAUAGAACUGGUAAUACACCCGUUUCAGCUGUACUGGACGAUUUCAAUGAUGAUAGUAACAUCGAUAACGUAGUGACAACUGAACAAGAUAAUGAAAUUGCUCUGUUAUUUGGUAAUAGUGAAGGCAUUUUUCAUGGACAAUACAGUAUUCCGCCACAUCCACGACCAGCCGCAGUCAAGUUAAGAGAUUGA